AUGGCGUUCUGUUAUGAGUGUGGGGGAAUUGGUCAUGUGAAGAGGGAUUGUCCUACCUAUAGACAUAACCAGGAGAUGGCUCGUGGCUCAAUACGAUCCUAUUUUGCUACCGCACCAACUAGAAAUGUCAAGAGGGAUAAAGGAAAAGGGGUAACUUCCUCGUCACAAGGUAGAUCGACAAGGUCAACUCAACAAGGUGCUUCUGGAGAGGGAGAAGCUAGAAUUAAAGAUAGGGACACUUGGGUGGACUUUGUGUUAAUGACAACAUUAGGAUUCGACGUGAUACUGGGAAUGGAUUGGCUAGUGUCUUGCUACGCUAAUGUAGAUUGUUAUUGCAAGUUGGUGAAGUUUAAAUUUCCUGGAGAGCCGUCAUUUGUUAUUUAUGGUCACAAUAGCCAUUUGGUUGAUAGUGUGAUGGCUAUAAUUACUAGAGAAGUACAGAAUGAAAAAGAAAAUUUAGUAGCUACAUCUGUAGUAAAUGAAUUUGUAGAUGUGUUCCAAGAAGAACUGCCUAGAUUACCUUUCAAAAGGGAAAUCAAAUUUCGUAUUGAUUUGAUAUCAGAAACGCAACCAAUAUCGAUGCCUUCGUACCAAAUGGCACCGGCAAAGUUAAAGGAGUUAAGGGAACAACUGAUCAGGGAAGAGGAUAUACCCAAAAUCGCAUUUCGUACGAGGUAUGGACAUUAUGAAUUUUUGGUGAUGUCUUUUGGAUUAACGAAUGCCCCUGUUGCUUUCAUGGACUUGAUGAAUAGGGUGUUCCGAGCAUACCUGGAUAGAUUUGUGGUUGUGUUUAUUGAUGACAUUCUAAUAUACUUGAGAAGUUGGGAAGAACACAAACAACAUACAAGGAUCGUGCUACAAACCUUAUGGGAGCAUAGACUGUAUGCGAAAUUUCCUAAGUGCGCAUUUUGGUUGAGUAGUGUUGGUUUUCUAGGACAUAUUGUAUCUAAGGAUAGAGUACAAGUUGAUCCCAAUAAAGUUGAGGCAAUGAAGAAUUGGGCUAGACCCACGACAAUUAUAGAAAUUAGGAGUUUUCUAGGAUUGGCUGGGUAUUAUUGA